AUUAUUGAAGCCUUAAACCCCCCAAAAAGCCCUAACCCCUCUCUCUCACUCUCUCUAGCAAUGGCGUUUCACCCUCUUCGCCUCCGCCGCGCUCUUGCCCUAUCAUCUUCUCUGCUGGGCCACUCCUCCCAUGGCUACAAGCCGCAACCGUUUUCCUUCAUCUCCGCCCCUCUUCUUCCUCCAUCCACCGCCCCGGCUCCGCCGUCGAUGCGCCGCCCCUUCACUUCCUCCACCACUCUAUUCCGCAGGGCAUUUGAUCCGGAGACAGAUGAAAUCGGGCCCGACACCAUCCUCUUCGAAGGAUGCGAUUACAACCACUGGCUGAUCACCGUCGAUUUCCCCAGGGAUUCCAAUAUUCCGCGCGAACAGAUGAUCGAAACCUAUAUCAAUAUCGCUGCGCAAGUCUUCGGCAGCGUUGAAGAGGCGAAGAAGAAAAUAUAUGCACUGAGUACAACAACAUAUCAAGGGUUCCAGGUCGAGUGUUCGGAGGAGACAUCUGAAAAGUUUAAAAGUAUUCCGCAAGUGGUAUUUGUAUUGCCAGAUUCCUACAUUGAUCCAGUAAAUAAGGAAUACGGAGGUGACAAAUAUGUCAAUGGAGAGAUUUUUCCACGACCACCCCCAGUGCAUUAUGGGAGAAGAAGCAACAGGGAUAGGCGUCCAAGAGAGCAGAACUAUGGUCCGCCACAGCAGCAGAACUACGGCCCAAGAGAGCAGAACUAUGGGCCACCAUCACAGCAGAACUUUACGCCGCCACCACAGCAGAACUUUGGGCCGCCACCACAGCAGAACUACGGGCAACCACCACGACAGAACGUCAGGCCACCACCCCAGCAGAACUUCGGAGCCCCACCCCAGCAGAACUUUAGGGCACCACCCCAACAGAACUUUGGGGCACCACCCCAACAGAACAUUGGGGCACCACCCCAACAGAACUUUGGGGCACCACCCCAACAGAACUUCGGGGCACCACCCAAACAGAACUUCGGGGCACCACCCCAACAGAACUUUGGGGCACCACCCCAACAGAACUUCGGGGCACCACCCAAACAGAACUUUGGAGCCCCACCCCAGCAGAACUUCGGUGCACCACCUCAGCAGAACUUUGGGGCACCACCUCAGCAGAACUUUGGAGCACCACCUCAGCAGAACUAUGGGGCACCACCAUAUCAAAACAAUGCAUCACCUCAGCAGCAGAGUUACGGACCACCACAGCCCAGUCAUACAGCACAGCCACAUCACAGCUACGGAUCUCCAUCACAGCAGAGCUAUAUGCCGAACAGACGUGAAGGUUAUGCAAACCCACCUAAUUAUGCACAGGAACAGGGAAGACACCAGAGCCAUUCACAACCUGGACAAAGGGGCUUUGCCCAAGAUGCUGACUACGGCUCUUCACAAGACGGAGCUUUUGGACAAGUAUCUGGGGGAUAUAGAAACUUUUCAUCAUCACAAAAUAAUUGACCAAGUGAGUUUGUUUAUCCUUUGUUCACUCUUGUUACCUUUUCAAUAUACAGCUCUAUGUAUUGUGAAUAUCUGGCGAUCACACUUGAAAGUUGAUAUAUACUAGUAUGUGUUUAUAUUAUUGCAG